AUGGAGACAUGCUACCAUGGAGGAAGCCUACCAGAGUCAAACUUAUUUGUUGUCGCAAAGGACUCUGUCGGACAUGUUGGAACAGGAGACAAGACUAAGAGUCAGCUGAAGAGAGAGAAUGAAAGGGCCCAGAAGAAGAGCUUGGGCGAAUCAGUAAAAAAUCCUGACAUGAACGAAGAGCAUCGCUACACCGGAAGAACUACUACUGAGUUAAUCAAACGGACAGGGGAACAGCCUCCAAAGCACGCCAACGGAAAGGAACUGUGCCUCAUUUGGCACACAAAGGGCGAAUGCAAGGAGCACUGCGAACGCAAGCAUUCUCAUUGUAAGCUGACUGACAAGGAAGCAACCGCAAUGAAGGAUUAUGUAAAUAAGAAUAAGUGA